GUGAAGGUCCUAGCGCUCCAGUACUCGCGAGCCUGACUCAGUGUGUGGACAUCACUGUUCCAGCGGAGCACCGCGCCACGCCGCGCUGUUGCUAGAUUGUCCAUUAAACGGCAGUUGAUCAUCUAUAACACUUUGAAGCCAUCAUCAGUUCACAGAAUGUCACUGUCUGAACAGCCCUAUUGCAGUAAGGCUCUAUCCCACAAGCUGAGGUGACAGCUGACUGGCUGGGGUGGUUUCAUCUCUUCCACGACAAAUGUGCGCUGCGGAUGAACCCAAAACAUGUGCCUCAAUAGACUGCACCACAAAGUGUUCAGGAAGCCCAAGGAGGGAAAAUGGUGACAUCGUUGCGAGAGAGGCCAGUGAGUUGUUCCGGGAGUGUUCAGUGGAUGUGCGCGGUUGGCAAGACUGUUGUUUAUUUUGCCCUUGUAAAUAUCUUCGUUAGUGACCCUACACUCGCGAACAGACCACCGAAAUUUCUCAUAGACGGACAAACAGAAAUAGUGUUGAGACUGAAGGAAGGUGCAGAUACCCCUGCAGGAAGCCUGAUAUACAGACUACGAGGUGUUGACCCCGAUGGGGACACAUUGACAUUUGGAGUCAGGGAACAAAUCGGACAUGAUGUUUUGAGGAUUGAAACUAUUGGUGUCAACGAAGCAAAUGUCUAUCUGAAAAAAGAAUUGGACAGAGAGGUGCGUGACGAGUAUGCUCUGGUGUUGACACUGACCGAUGGACACCUGGGAGAUGGAAACUUCAUCACCCAAAGUCUACUGCUAUUGGUGGAAGAUGUCAACGACAACGAGCCCAUCUUCAAGCCCUACCAGAGCUCACUGGUGGUCUUGGAGGACAGUGGGCCUGGAAUUCUUACCACCGUUGAGGCCACUGAUUCAGAUGAAGGACCCUAUGGCCAGGUUGUCUACAGUCUACAGGAGUUGGAUGGAGAGACCGAUUUGUUCUCUGUCUCAACUAUCAAUGGGAAAGGAGUGAUUCGUUUAGUUGGUCGUUUAGAUUACGAGAAGAAGUUUCUCUACCAACUGAGAGUACUUGCUACAGACAGAUCCAACAACGAAAGGAUAAACACUGCAACUGCCGCAAUCCUGGUGAAAGUACAAGAUGUGGAGGAUCAGCCACCAGAAUUUGUUGUGGUUUCUCCAGUCACUCGAGUCAGUGAAGAUGCUCCAGUUGGAACUUCUGUCCUUCAAGUGAGAGCAGUUGACGGAGAUAGGGGUGUCAAUAACCGGAUACUCUACUCAGUUACUAAAGGCGGUGAGGGAGUUUUUGACAUCGAUGCACACUCAGGCUUUCUCUAUACUACAACGAAGCUGGACAGAGAAUCCACAACAAAUAGCAAUGGCGCUUAUAUUAUUGAAAUCAUGGCUCAAGAGGAGUCAAGAGCUGUGUAUCCCGCACCUUCAGUGCGGACUGAAGUUACCAUUAUAUUAAUGGAUGUUAACGACGAGACUCCGACUUUUAGAAGUAAAAUGUAUGCUUGUGAAGUGAAUGAAAAUGCUCCUGCCAAUACACCAUUAACGUUUCUGGGACAUGUUGUCCCACAAGUCUAUGAUUUCGAUCAGGGUAACAAUGGAACUUUUGAUAUGCUGAUAGAAGAUGAUGAAGGAAUUUUUGAAGUAACUCCUCGUCAAGGUAUCAACGAAGCUUCGUUUUUAAUCAGAGUCAAGGAUUCAUCAAGGAUCGACUUCGAGAAAAUGUCUGUGAUAAACUUCACCCUAGUUGCCAAGGAAACUGUUGAAGAAAGCCCCAAGUCAAGCAGAGUGCCUGUUACUGUGUUUAUUCGAGACAUGAAUGAUAAUUUUCCAGAAUUCACAAAACCAAUCUACGAGGUGUGGCUGCCAGAGAACUCCAGAGUGGGUACAGUGGUGGUCAAAGUGCAGGCUCAUGAUCCUGACUCUGGUGAUUUGGGUACCAAAGGGAUAAGAUAUACCAACCUUGGAGGAAGUGUAGCAGACUUAUUGUCCCUGGACCCCAUCAGUGGGGUGAUAACCAUAAAGGAAGAGAGUCCUGCGUUUGACCGGGAACUGGUGUCUAGACACUAUCUCACCAUCGAGGCCAGAGACAAUAGAGGCCAAGGAAACAGGAAUUCUGUACAACUCAUCCUAAACAUUGAAGAUGUGAAUGACAACACACCACAGUUUGUCCACAACAAGUACGAAGCCCGGCUACUCGAGAACCAGUCAGACUUUGAUUCUCCUCUGAUUGUGGAAGCGAGGGACUUAGAUCUCAAUGGAACUAUGAACAGCCAGGUGCAUUACAGUAUAGUAGAGUGGGAUGCCUCGAUCACCAAUUUCACAGUAGACCCGACACUGGGAUUGGUCCGACCCUCGUCACAUAUCGACUUUGAGACGUUGGCUAGGAUCCAGGGUGGGCCACCAGAUGUCGGGGUUAGGACUCUUCGCCUUAUCCUCAGGGCUCAUGACCUUGGCUCACCCUCCCUAUAUGCAGAGGUCCCACUCCUGGUGUACGUUCAGGACAUCAAUGACAACCAGCCCUACUUCGAGCACGAGGUCUAUGAGCAGACUAUUCCAGAGGACCUGAGAGGUGGCAGCACUGUCUUGCAGGUGAAAGCCACAGAUGAAGAUGCUUCUGCCCCAAACAACCAAGUGGUCUACAGGAUACAGUCAGGAGCUGGGGACAAGUUUGUGAUAGAUCCAACAUCUGGGAUACUGAGUGUGGCGAACGGAGCGAGUCUGGACCCUGACGGCACAGAGCCCCGGACCACUCAUUAUAGCAUGGUGGUAGUCGCCUUGGAUGGAGGUAUAGGCGGGAACCAAAUGACGGCAACUACACAGGUGCAGAUAGACAUACAAGAUGUCAACAACAAACUUCCAGUUUUGGUUGAUCCAGGGACUGUCAGAGUGCUGGAAAACACCAAGGUUGGACAGUUUGUACACAGAGUGGUGGCUACUGAUCCUGAUGAAAAAUCAUCGCUAAGGUUCUCAAUAGACCGGGACAACUGUGAGGCCAGAAGUGAAGAAGGGACUAUCAUAAAACCAUCUGAGUUUGACUUUCUCUCUGCCUUCGAACUGAAUGCUGUCGACGGACUGUUGCGAGUGGUGAGACUCCUGGAUCGAGAGAGAGUCGAAGUGAUUCGGUUAGCCAUCAGGGUGGAAGACACGGCAUCCGUCAGCGGGAAACAGAUCACUUCAGGUGUAUUGACCAUUAUUGUUGAGGAUGAAAAUGACAACAACCCAAUGUUCAGGAAGCCCUUUUAUCGAAGAUUCAUCACUGAAAACAGCCAGUUAGGAGUGUUGAUUGUCAAUGUGGUAGCAGAUGACGCAGACAAGAACCGGACUAUUACUUACUCAUUGGAAGGUUCUGCAAAGAUGACAGAACUUGUUCAUCUGGACCAGCAAACAGGGGAGAUGGUAGUUGCGAACAGAAUCGAUCACGAGCAGACUCCAUGGCUCAACAUGACUGUGAGAGCUACUGACUCAGGAAUUCCUCCUCGCUCGGCAUUGGUGGAUGUGUUUGUACAAGUUAUAGAUGAGAACGACAACAAUCCCUACUUUGUUGGAAACAUCACAAAUGUCACGCUGAGGGAAGACACGCCUAUUGGUGCUGAGGUGACAGUCAUUGAAGCCAGUGAUGCUGAUUCCGGUGAUUAUGGCAAAAUCACAUUUCUCCUUGAUCGGAUAUCAUCUUUGGGUAAAUUCCAAAUCAACCCUGAGACUGGGAUGCUGAACGUGUCCGAUAGGCUGGACCGAGAGCAGCAGUCAUCUUAUAUGCUGAUAGUGGAGGCCUGGGAUAACUAUCAGUUUGGAUACUCCAGUGGGGAGAGUAGAAAUGCCUUCAAACAAAUAGGAGUGACCAUACUGGAUGUCAACGAUGAACCUCCUGUGAUGAACCCUCUGCCGGAGUCUUGUGUCAUGGUAACAGAGUUUCUGGAACCAGGGGAGACUGUCUACACUCUCAAGGCAUCUGAUGCCGAUGACCCCAACACUCCCAAUGGCUGGGUCUCAUUCUCCAUUCUUGCAGGGAACGAUCAAGAAUUGUUUGAAAUAGAACCACUGGAUCAUUGGACAGCCAGGCUAUAUGCUCAAAGUUCACUGAAAGCAAAAUAUGGGAAUUACACUUUGGCUAUAAAUGUUCAAGAUUUAGGUGCACCUCCCAACUUUGUUGUUGGCAACCUAAACAUUUGUGUGACAGACUUCAAUGACAACGCUCCUCAGUUCAUCAGUCCUCCCCAGAACAUUACAAUCCGCAUUCCAGAGAAUGCAACAGUUGGAAGUCCUGUGAUAACUGUGACUGCCAUUGACGCUGAUGUGGGUCCUAAUGCUGCUGUCCGUUACCGCCUCAAGCAAGACAAUACUGGAGACUGGAGCACUUUCAGUGUUGAUCAGGACUCUGGCCUCGUCUCUCUCAGGUUACCUCUGGACAGGGAGACCCAGAAACUCUAUCAGAUUCGUGUGGAAGCCUAUGACCAUGGGACCCCUACUCCCUUGUCAUCAGAUCUUGAUCUGACAAUUUAUGUGAAAAAUGUGAACGAUUACCAGCCUCAGUUUUUGAUCGAAGACUUCCCAGUGAACUUUACAGAACAUAUUGCUCCUGGCAAAGAAAGGCGACUCCUGCCGGAAACUGUGGACAGAGAUGAAGUUGAUGAUCUAGAUGACCCAAGAACUCCGGUCUGUUACUUCAUUGUUGCUGGGAAUGAUGAGGGCUUCUUCAACAUUGAGCCGCUUUCCCAUGAAAUCACUGUGGCUCAAGAACUUGACAGGGAAGAAGCUGAGAUGCAUUUGAUCAUGGUGAAAGCCAGUGAAGAUUGUGUCACUCCCCCACAGACCAACAAUAGCUACUUGGAUUACAAAGACAGUACAGUGCUCAGGGUGGUCAUUUUUGUCAAUGACAUCAACGAUAACGCCCCUCAGUUCGUCAAGGAGGUGUUCACUGGAGGAGUAACCACUGAUGCGGAUUUUGGCAGUGAAUUUAUGCAAGUUCGAGCAAUAGAUGCAGAUUUCGGCCGAAAUGCAGAAAUACAAUACUAUAUGAUUGGCCAAACUCAGAUGACCUUGAGCGAAGGGAUGGAAAAUAUUCAGCAGCCACCUUUCUUAGUGGAUGUCAACUCUGGAAUUGUGUCUCUCAACUUUGAUCCUCAAAAGGGAAUGAAAGGAUACUUUGACUUUAAGGUGGUCGCCAAUGAUACCGGUGGACUUUCUGAUAUGGCUAGAGUUUUCAUCUACUUAUUGCGAGAAGACCAAAGAGUGAGAUUUGUGCUACGACAACAUCCAGUAGAGCUGAGAGAAAAGAUUGAUGUUUUCAGAGAAGUACUGGGUAAUGUGACUGGAGCCAUAGUUAAUGUAGACGAGGUGAAAGUGCAUGAGACCAUGGAUGGCCGAGUGGACAAGACCCGAUCUGACCUCUACCUGCAUUUUGUAGACCGGUCAGACCACUCCAUCAUGGAUGUCAGCCGGGUGUUACGGGUGGUUGACCAGAGCAUAGAACAUCUGGAUUCACUGUUCAAGGAGUUUAACGUUCUGGACACCCAGGCAGCUGAAGCGGUGGCAUUGGUCCAUGCCCGCACUCCUGACAGUGUUGUAUGGCUCUGGUUGGUUGGCACCACUGUGUUCCUGGGUCUCAUGUUGGUAGUGGUCAUCUCAAUCUGCUUGUCACAGCGAGCCUCAUACAAGCGACAACUCAAAGCAGCUACAAUUACUGCAUUUGCAGGAUCAGCAGACUCGGACAUGACACGAGUAACUGGAUCAGGACCAGGACGUUUGCCCAACACCAAUCUUCACAGCACUGAAGGCUCAAACCCUAUCUGGAUGCAGGCCUACGAGAACGAGUGGUACAAGGAGGACGACUCCAUGAGUCAAACGUCUGAGAGAGACUCGCUAGAUGAAAACGCAGUUGUUAGUGUCCAGACUCAAGAUGGAGGAGCCAAUUCUUCCUGUAACAGUCAAACCAACAUAAUAAAACCAGAACGCCGAACUGUCAAGGAACAAAACGAUCUGAAUAGCAAAAGCGGUGUGUACCAUCAGAACCUCUAUCAGCACCUGGACAAGCUCAGCAACCCUCUCAUAGCAAAAAAGUUGGAAACAACAGAGCUAUAGAAAUAGGUUCUUUACUUUUUUAAGCUUCCUUUGAUCUCUUCUAGAUUUUAGAACCUGUUUAGUACAUUCCUGUCAUUUGUGUAAUUUAUACCCAAUGCUGUAAUGUUUGUUUAUUUGUGUGAACUUUUAAAUUUUAUUAGCUAGAUACUGUACAUAUAAAAGUUAUCCUCCAUAAGAAAUAUGUGAUGAAAAACUCAUUAACUUCUGAAAUUAGUAAAACAAGAUUAAUAGAUAAUUGCAUCAA